CCCCCCCCCCCCCACCUCCCCUGUUAGUGAUCUAUAACCUUCAAAAAUAGAUCCCAUCACUUAAAUAGCAAAGAAUCGGUCCAUCCCAAACAGUCUGGGAGAAAGGGCGUGAGAGGAGCCAGAGAAAGAGAGAGAGAGUGUCGGACAAGAAGGAAUCAACACUGGUCAAUUUUAACAUUUGUUUUUUUUCCUUUCCCCCUCUCCAUUCCCGAGAACGUUUUCUCCCCAGCCAGCACUGAGAAUGAAAUUCCAUCAUUCCACCCGCAACACGUAUAGUUUGACUCCAGUCAGUUUGAAGCCCACUCGUACGGUGCGCUUUCCCAAUGACAUCGUCUUCCAGGACCACAUCCGUGAGGGAGACCUUCAACAGAUCGGGCGAUUUAUCCGAGCAAGUAAAGUGCAGCUGGACACCAUCUAUCUGUCUGGGAUGGCUGCGCUGCAUGAAGCAGUUCUCUCCGGGAAUCUGGAGUGUGUGAAGCUGCUGAUCAAAUACGGAGCUGAUGUGGAGCAGAGAGAUGAGAACGGCUGGUCAGCCCUGCACAUGGCCUGCAGCGAUGGCCACACGGAAAUCGCCAGAUACCUGUUGUCACUGGGAGCAGACACUGAGGCAGCCAAUGACGAUGGGGAGGUGCCCUCGGACAUGAUCGACCCCGAACACGAGGAGCUGCUCCAGCUGUUCACGGGCAAAGGGGCCGACUGAGAGCCAUUGCCAGAGCCGCAGUUCCUUCACUGAGGCCCAUUGUACUGCGGUUUGUGCCUAAACUGCAUCAAGUCUUCAAUUCAGAACAUUGAGAGGGAGGGGAGGGAGGGGGAUUCUUACGGCAGAAAACGCUUUAUCAGGGAUACCUGCUGCUCGACUGAGAGUAUUGGAGAGAGACGAGCAAGUAAGGACUGAAACGCGCUCUCUGUGCUUCAGUUUACCUGAGAUUACGAGGACGGUAGAAGGCGAACUAGAUGGACCUUGGUCUUUCGUAGUCUCGCAUUUCCUAUGUUCCUAUGACUGUACAUGUGCUCACGAUACAACUUGUGAAAUAACUGAUUCUUGGGACAAGCUGCAGCGAUCGAUCGCACAUGGUAAGGCACGAUUCUCUCCACAGCACGAACUCUGUGAGGCAAAGUCUUAACGUGUCACGGUUUGUAUUUGUAGCGUAUCGUAUUGGACAUAUCUUCAUUUUAUGCGAGUAUUAGAGUUUGGUUUCCCCUCCCUCUGCUUUAUGCGCACGUCCUUGAGAAUGUCAGUUGCCAGAAAUUAUCAAUCAGUAAAAAAAAAACUGCACUUUGUCUUCCCUUCAAAAGUACGGGAUCUCACAGUCUUACGGACGGCUGGAAAUGUAAAUGUGAUGCGAAGAGUGACACAUUGGAUUUGUCUUUGUUUGGAAUCAGUCUGGACCAUGUUUUAUAUUAGUGAGAAUAAAGAUUUAUGUUUUGCUACAAA